UUAUUCUUCAGGAAGUGAAGACAUGGACUGACGCUGCCAGGUAACAUGAGCUCUGAUCACUGGGAAACUUUGUCGCUGCAAACUUUUUAAAAGAAAAGACCGAAAGAAAUAACGCAGAUUUGUAAACAGUCAUUCAGUGACGACCUCACCUGAGCCACUGGGCUGCACUCACGCCUGUAUACACGUACCUCAGGGAACAAGGUGGAGAUGGAGGACUUCUGGGCCGGGGCCCUCCCGGUACUGAAGACCUGGCUGUACCUCAUCGUCGGCCUCAUCAUGAUCCCGGCCAUGUUUGGCUUCUCGCUGGGCAUCUCUGAAAUAUACAUGAACAUUCUGGUCAAAACCUUAGAGUGGGCCACUCUGAAGAUACAGAAGGCAAACACAGAGGAGCGGCUGCAGGCCUCGCCAUCCAACAGUCUCAUCCAGAGGGAGGAUGGCUCCAUGGAGAAAGAGCUAGGGGAGCUCCGACGCAGUCGCCCCAAACCACCAGUGGGCGGUGACUUUACACUAAGCGACUGUUUUUAUUUCACCCGCAGAGGCAUUGAGAGCAUUGUAGAGGAUGAGGUGACCCAGCGGUUCUCUUCAGAGGAGCUGGUGUCCUGGAACUUACUCACUCGCACAAACAUUGAUUUCCAGUACAUCAGUCUGAAGCUGACACUGGUUUACGGCCUGGGAAUCUUUGUGAGAUACUGCAUCCUCGCUCCGCUCAGGAUAACACUGGUCUGUAUCGGUGUGAGCUGGUUGGUAAUAGGAACAUCAGCAGUUGGAUUACUCCCACAUUCAAGGGUGAAGUCGUGGCUGAGUGAAUGGGUUCACGUCAUGUGCUACAGAAUCUGUGCCCGAGGACUUUCUGCUACUAUCCGCUAUCACAACAGGGAAAAUAAACCCCAAAAAGGAGGAAUCUGUGUGGCCAAUCACACGUCUCCCAUCGACAUUGUGAUUCUCUGCAACGAUGGCUGUUACGCGAUGGUGGGUCAGAUCCAUGGAGGCUUGAUGGGAGUUAUUCAAAGAGCCAUGGUGAGGUCCUGUCCUCACGUCUGGUUUGAGCGAGCAGAGAUGAAAGAUCGCCACCUAGUGACUAAAAGGUUGAUGGAUCAUGUGAACGACAAGACAAAGCUUCCCAUAUUAAUAUUUCCAGAGGGGACCUGUGUCAACAACACAUCCGUCAUGAUGUUCAAAAAGGGGAGUUUUGAAAUCGGAUCAACGAUCUAUCCAGUAGCCAUUAAGUACGACCCGAAGUUUGGCGAUGCUUUCUGGAACAGCUCCAAGUACAGCAUGGUGAAUUACCUGCUGAGGAUGAUGACCAGCUGGGCCCUCGACUGUAACGUCUGGUACCUGCCAGCCAUGCAUCAGCAGGAAGGGGAAGAUGCUGUGCAGUUCGCCAACAGAGUGAAGUCGGCCAUCGCUCACCAGGGAGGACUGGUAGAUCUACAAUGGGACGGAGGCCUGAAGAGAGCAAAGGUGAAGGAGACGUUCAAAGAGCAGCAGCAGAAGAAGUACAGCAGCAUGGUGGUGGGAGACGACAGCAGCGGCAACAGCGACUGAGGCCUCCCGUCGGUGGGAUGGACGAACAGGCCUCUCUCCUCCAGCAGGUUCUCAUUAGCUGGACUCGACAUGCGAUGCAGCUCUGCCGGGUGGACUUAAUGAACACUGUGAAAACUACAGGUUAAAGGAGGAGCGUCUUGGUGAUUUGGAGGAAACACAAGUGCAAUAUUGACCUUCGACCUUUACGCGGAACAAACUGAAGAUGAAAAAAAAAAGGGGAAGCGCUUUGUUUUAUCGCUGCCUAAGAUUUCUACUGUCGUGAUUUAAUACUAUUGCUGAGAAAAAAAAAUGUGAUCUGAAUGUGUGAUCGAAGACAAACUGGAUUCACGAAUGUCUCGAUUCUCACAGUCGGUCAUUGGCUGCUCCUUGUUUUUUUUUUUCUUUUAAAUAAAAUUAAGUUUACAAAUUGAA